AUGUCCCUGAAGCAGGAGAUCGAGACAUGGGUACUGGCCCUCGAACACUAUGACAAUCAGGAGUUUGAAGACGCCCUCCAUGUCUUUAAUUCCAUUGCCGAUACGUCCAAGAUUUGUUUCAACUGCGGCGUGAUUUAUGCCACCCUGGGUGAGCAUGAAAAGGCGGUUGAGUGUUACCAGCGCGCCGUCAGUCUGGACCAGUACCUCGCCAUUGCAUACUUUCAGGAGGGAGUGUCGAACUUUCUGCUAGGUGACUUUGAAGAAGCGUUAGCGAAUUUCAAUGACACCCUGCUCUACCUCCGGGGUAACACCUCCAUUGAUUAUGAGCAGUUGGGUCUCAAAUUCCGGCUCUUCUCGUGCGAGGUCCUCUUCAACCGUGGUCUGUGCUACAUUUACCUGCGGCAGAUGACUCCCGGCAUGCAGGAUCUCGAGUAUGCCGCAAAGGAGAAAGUCACGCCAGAUCACAGGGUUAUCAACGAUGCGAUCCGAGAACGAGCCGAGGGCUACACAGUGUUCUCGAUCCCUGUGGGGGUCGUGUACCGACCGAACGAGGCCAAGGUCAAGAAUCUGAAGACCAAAGACUACCUGGGAAAAGCAAGGCUUAUCGCUGCUUCGGACCGAAGUAGUACACCUACCGGACAAGGCGCCGAUCACAAACGAGCCCAAUCAGUGCUGGACCAUCGACCGGGCGAGAUAUCUCCCCACAUUGCAGCCCAGCCAGCGCAGAAGACUGUGGCGAGUCGGACUCGUCAGCACUCGGAACCACCGCUGAACCGUAAUCUGUUCCCUCCAACGCCGCCGCCGGACCCGGACAAAGCCAGCGCCAGUAGUCCUGCCAGUAGUCUAGGGCUGAACGGUCGAUCAGGGUCUUUCCGUACCGCUCGGCCGCCACGACUGGAUCUUGAUCGACCGGGAGCCAACAUCACUAGUCGCAGUGGUGCAGAAAUGGCUGCCUCCGAAAUGCCUCGGAUCGGAACGACCCGAACGGCGUCCGAACCGCGCGGCCCGUCUUCCCAGGCGUACCCCCGAGGGUUCCAAAUGGCGGCGGAACCGACGCGUGGCCGACAAAUCGGUCACCGGAGGGGGACAAGUGAGACUGGCUGUCCGACAGGAAUUCCCCUAGGGAACGGGGAUGAUGGUCAUAGCAUGCUUGCUCGACCGCCCAUCAUCGCCAAUGGGGGACGGCGCGGAGUUCCACGGCAGCAGGAGAGGUAUAUCGACGAGGAAGAGGAGUUUGUCAGCGAAGCCUGUGAGGAGGACGGCGCUGCAGAUGGCGAUUUUGAGCUAGUUGGCGGCGCUCAACGACCGACACAAUCUUCCGCUCGGAGCUCGAGGCGCGCCAACUCCCGCCGGCCGGAAGUGCGCAAGUUCAGAGUCAAAGUGCACGCGCGUGAAGAUACCCGGUAUAUAAUGAUCGGGCCAACCGUCGAUUUUGGUGAGUUUGAAGGGAGAAUCCGGGAAAAGUUUGGAUUCCACUGCCUCUUGAAAAUCAGAAUGCAGGACGAAGGAGAUAUGAUCACGAUGGUGGACCAGGAAGAUUUAGAUCUGCUAGUCAUUUCUGCCAAGGAGACAGCCAGGCGAGAGGGCAGUGAGAUGGGGAAAAUGGAGAUCUGGGUCGAAGAAGUCACUAUGAUUUAA